AUGAGGGAUGGAUGCUUGUCAUUGUUUCCAUCGACGUACCACAAAUCGGAGACUCGGGCUCAAACCCAACGUUGGGCUGGCGAGGUCCUGGGUCGUAUAGAUUCAGGGUUUCCCUCUAUAAUGACAACUCGAACUUAUCCAGAGCUCUGCCUGUGCGACUCGUCUGUAAAGCGUAAUCAUCAUGUGAGUGGCCAUUUUUUACGAAUGACACGCGUGGUCACGGUGGCAUACGAUUCGUACUAUGUUUGCCCACGAUAUUGA